AUGCCGACCUCUUCCGAUCCAUAUGAUUUUGAUGACGACCUCUUCGCCGAUACGGCAGCGCUGGACCAGCUCGAAGCGUCAGCUCUUCAAGCGUCUCAAGCCGCACCUAGAUCUCGAGUGACCCAGCCGUAUCAUCACACAGUGACAAAGCCAAAACCCUCGAUACUUUCCUCCAAUGUCACUUUUUCCGGUCGCAAAGCGCCUCAGCCGAUCAAUACUGAGCCCAGAGCUGGUAAUUCUGGCUUCGGAUGGGAGUAUGGAGGGAAACGGUCCAUAGAGGGGAAUGUCGAGAGACAUGUGGAGAACGUGAACAAGAGGCAGGCAUACUGGUCAAACAAUCAGCCUGGUGGGUACACCACAUCGAAUGUGAUCCAAGAGGAGGAGAGCUAUCGUCCAGAUAUAGUGGUUGGGGAGAAUGGCUACGAGCUGGGGGAGGAUGAGAUCGUGGACAGUCACACGACUCGGAACUUUGGCGUUGCUCCACCUGCAAGUCAAUCUGGUCGAAGCGAAGCUGCGGCUGCCAGACGGGCUGCUAUCCAGCAGGCUAGUCAGUCAAUCAAGCAGGAAUCGAAUGUAGCCGGUCCUUCUCACGCCAGAUCUACCUCCAUAGACCCGGGGAAGCUGGCGCCCGGCAGGCAGUUUCCCGGUCAAGCCAGGAAUUUCGCUCGAUCCGUAUCUGCUGGGCAUCACCCCUCCACAACAGCUCAGACGUUCCCGAGCGGAGGUGGAAGUCGACUAUCGCCUAUACCAUCCGAAGGUUCAGGCUCUCAGACUUCUUCGCAAGGAUCUUUGGCUCGGAAAACGGCAAUACAGCUGGAAGAGGAGAAACGACGCGCUCAGGCUCUGGAGCAAGAAAUCGCUGAUCUGAAAAAACAACUGGAAAGGAGACAACGCGCAGAGCCGGCAAGGCAGAAGCAAGCCGCUCAGGAAGGCAUGGAAGUGGACUCGGAGGACGUGGCCGCCAAGAUGGACGAGUUGAAGAACCAGCUGUGGAAGGCGCAAGGCGAAGCGCAGACCAUGCGUCGGGCUCAAAAGGAGGAGCAACUUCGAGCAAUCGCAGAAGCAGACAGACUCAAGGCCAAGAUUGCCGAUAUGGAGAGCAAAUUUCGCGAACGCGAGAGAGAAGUUGCAAGGCAGGUGGAGAAUGUCAAGACACAGGCAGUAUUUGCAAAUCACGCUGCGUUGAGUUCAGCCAUCAAGGCUCGGGCUUCGAGCCAAAGACCAGCGCCUACACCUAUUCGUAACGGCUCGCCGCAGGGCAAAUCUGAUGAGGCAGCAUUUUUGAAGUCUAUCAAGGGUAAAGGCCGUGCUCCUCCACCUCCACCGCCACGCUUUGACGCCUUCAAGGAUGGGUUCGCAACUCCGACCAUGGCUAGGAUCAAACGGCCCAGGAUGGAAUCGGUCACUCCAGCUCCAGUCUCGCCCCAAAAACGCGCCAGUCAGUCUACUCCUCGGCAGCUGACUCAUUCUCCGACACGGCGAGGCGAGACUGGGGAAGAUGCCAAUGGUCUUGAGAUACACGAGAAUGGCUUCGACCUCGAAGGAGUAAUGGACAUUGAUGUCUCGCCCGAAGAUGACGCGCCGGACGAGCCGACCUGGACGGACCUGCCCGACAAGCGUGGCGAGUUUCUGUACUUCCUAUUCCAUCACACGUCCUUGCCCUGCGUCCGCAGAUCUUCAGAUCCGGAAGGGCUGUUGCGGCCCGAUUUGUACCGUUUACUGAGUUAUGAACCGAAACAAGAUGUCGAUCCUCAGCACAGUGUUCCUGCUCUCUGCGCGACGCUACUGGCCGCUUGUGGCGACUCGGAUCUAGAUUACGAACACCUUCUUGGAAUCUUCGCCGUCUUCGGGACAGGCCUCGCAAACGUCUUUCGGAAAGCGAUCGGCGCACGUGUUGCGACUCAUGAGGCGGUAAACGCGUUGUGCGCAAUUCUCUCCAUGCUGGGCCGAGCGACUGCUUUGUUCGACGAAUUUGGCGGAAUAUUAACGAGCCAUCAGCCGUCGAUCAUUGAGACUCUUUGUGGGCUGUGCGAUGAUUUAGGCUCCGUGGAAUUGCGUGUGUCGAUGAACUCAUCCGCAGAAGACGAAGUUGCCGAAGAAAAAAGGAAGACCACUCAUUGGCAGAGCGUUCUUCAAACGGAGAUUGGAUGUUUAACCCAAGGCAUUUGCGCUAGUCCUAAGUCUGGCUCGCCUUGGAACAAUGACGAGCUCGUCAAUAUCUCCAUGUAUCUGACCAGCAAAGAACAGCCUGUGGACCGUAUCAUGUAUGGAAUCCAUGUCAUUCUCACCGCGUCAACUUUCUCUGAGAAUUUCAGAGCUUUAAUCGAGGACUCGAGACGAUUUUCCGGGUUCUCUCCUGUCCUGGAUCGAUGUAGUAGACUCCUGAUCGAUCCGCUACCAGAUGCUUCCGAACGACAACUGUACGAUAUGUACACGUCUCUCAUUCGAGCCCUGUCCAUGAUGUCAAUCGCGGAUCAAGAUGCCAUUAUUUUGAUCGCCGAGCGGACAUUGGUAGUCCCCGCGCUCAUCAUGCUCCUGACUAGAGAGACGCCCAAAUUAUGGGGCGUGUGGGCGGAGGAAGUUGAUGUCCAGAGGACCCUCGACAUCAUCUUACCCACCCUCUAUCUUCUACAUCACCUCGUCAUUCCCGUCCAGUAUCCUCGUGCAUUGUCUGGCCCAUCAGCGAAGAGCUCGACCCUGAUUAGCGCGUCGCAGAAGCAAGCGAGUGGCGAUUACACCUCGGAUCAGAUGGACCCGCUACCUGAUCCUGAAAAGUCUCCACAAGGGAUCAAUCUCGUCGAGAGAUUACGGAGUGUCAGUCAGAUGAGAGAAUUUCAGGCCAUCGGACAUCAAUUCAUCUCGGUCUUUGGCGCCUUAUCGUACGCCACGCCAAUGUUUGACUAUGAGCAGGUCAAAGGAUUUGACCUGCCGAGUGUUCAAUAUAUCAGUCAAGAUAUUUUGGAGAUGGUUGUUGAAGGGCCCGAAGCGGACGCAGUGUAUGAAAUGUAUGCCGAUGAGGAAGAAGAGAGCAAUGAAGGUGAAAGGGAUAAGGUGUCGAGUCGGGAAGAGGCUGAAGCGGUGGAUAUGGAAGUUUACGACGCCAUGUCUGUCGGGGACGAAACCGAAGUAAGAGGGGAUGGGUCAGCGUGGCAGCCCUUGAUAAUAGAUUGA